GGGGGCCGGGAGAGAGGGAGAGAGAGAGAGAGAGAGAGAGAUGGCGUUCGAGGAGAAUCCGCUGUCUCUCUCGAUUCCAGAUCCGGCUUUCCAGUCAUGGCUGAGAGAGGUGAGAGAGCACUUGAUGGAUGAAGCAGAUGAUGGAGAUGGGCAAGAGAGAGAGAGGGGGAAGAAGAGGGGAGUAGGCUUGCUAUGGAGGAGAGGGAGUGGCGGGGGAGGAGGUCGUCGUGGGUCCUCGUCGUCCCGUUCUGUGCAUUCCGCAGAGCAUUCGAUUUCUUCCAGGUCGUCGAUGCCACCACCUGUCGGUGCCACGUCAGCAAUGACGACACGUGACGGUUUCUCAUUUGGCAGCUUGUGGUCCAUUGUUGAUGAUUUGACGUAUCAAGACCUGACCAGAUCGCCUUGUUCAUGGACAGACGAGUUUUUGUCGGACGGUACGGUCCCGACUGGGGGAGGUGGUGAGACCUCCACCUCCACCUCCUCUCCUUCUUAUUCCUCCUACUCCUGGCCCAUCGACUGGGAGGAAGCGAAACUCCGUCUGCAAAUUAAUCUACGAAAGUUCAUGGGAAACUACCUUGUAAUUACCUUGCUUGUUCUUCUCUCUGUUCUGUGUAGAAAGCCAAUCGCUCUUCUUGGAUUAGGGUUUUUGAUGUGGGUUUGGGGUUCAUUCCACAGCUACGUUCUUAGGCAGCGUCUGGAUCCGCAAAAGACGCUAUACAAAGGGUUAAGGGGUAUGUUAUGGAUCUUGACAUGGGUCGUUGCACUCUACUGCAAGCUGAAUGUGGCUCUCAUGAUGUCUGGAUUCAUCAGCCUUUUGUUCGUCGGGGCUCAUGGAAGCUUCAGGAAGUUGAGCCCUUCUUCCAAGGUUGGGAGAAGGAGGUAAUAAUACGUAAUACAAAGAACUCCCAAGGAUUCGUUGCACCCUCUUUUGAUUGAUUGCACCCUCUUUUGAUUGAUUGAUUGCCUCUCCCUCCCUCCCUCCCUCUUCCUCUUCCUCUCGUCGUUUUCUUCUUCUCCUCUUCCUCUCCUCUCCCUCCCCUCUUCACAUUUUUUAAAAUACCCUCUUGAACUGCAAGCUGAAUGUGGCUCUAAUGAUGUC